AUGGCCGUGGCAGCUUUCAAGGCUCCGCUUACAGCUGGCGAGUGCCCAACAGAAGGCAAGCCAACCUGCUGGAGGCGUGUUUUCGUGCAGACAGACAACGGCAGCGUGCUCGGAAUGGAGCUCGACAGGUGCGACAACGUGCGCACCGUAAAAAAACGGCUCCAGCUCGCCCUAAACAUCCCCAUCGACGAAAGCUCCUUAACAUUCGGCGACACAGUCCUCAAAAACGACCUCAGCUCCGUCCAAAACGACUCCCCUCUCCUCCUCACCCGCAAUCUCAUCCACCGAAGCUCCUCAACCCCUUGCCUCUCCCCCACCGGCCGUGACGCACACAAAACCGACCCAAGUGGGCCCAUCGAGAUUCUGGGCCGCUCGGCCCAAACAAUACCUCUCGUCAAAGAGGUCGUGAAAGGUAUGAAAAACGGGGUUGAUCCCGUGCCCAUCAAUGGCGGCCUCGGUGGCGCGUACUACUUUAAAAACGUCUGGGGAGAGAAUGUCGCCAUUGUGAAGCCCACUGACGAGGAGCCGUUCGCGCCCAACAACCCAAAAGGGUUCGUGGGCCGAGCGCUCGGCAGGCCGGGCCUCAAGCGCUCGGUUCGAGUCGGCGAGACGGGUUUUCGAGAGGUCGCAGCUUAUCUCCUUGACCAUGGAAGCUUCGCUGGCGUGCCCCCGACUGCUCUCGUCAAAAUCACCCACUCUGUCUUUAAUGUCAACUGCUGUACAGGUGUGGCCGAGCCCGAGUCCGAGCCCAUGAGCAAGAUCGCGUCCUUCCAGGCAUACGUUAGGCACGAUUUCGACGCUGGGGAUUACGGGACGUCGAGCUUCCCCGUGGCUGCGGUGCACAGGAUCGGGAUUCUGGACGUGCGGAUUCUUAACACGGACCGGCAUGCGGGGAAUCUCCUUGUCCGGAAGGAUAGGGGUUUUGGUGGGGUAGAGCUGAUCCCAAUCGACCAUGGCCUUUGCCUGCCCGAGAGUCUUGAGGACCCGUAUUUUGAGUGGGUACACUGGCCACAGGCUUCGAUUCCGUUCUCGGACGAUGAGCUCGAUUAUAUAAAAAAUCUCGACCCUGUCCGGGACUUGGAGAUGCUGAGGAGCGAGCUCCCUAUGAUUCGGGAGGCUUGCUUGCGAGUUCUGUUCCUCUGCACGAGUUUUUUGAAGGAGGCAGCGGAUUACGGGCUUUGUCUUGCCGAGAUUGGUGAGAUGAUGAGUCGGGAGAUUCGCGGUGGGGAGGAAGGGCCGAGCGAGCUUGAAAUUAUAUGCAUGGAGGCGCGAAGGCUUGUUGCCUUGGAGAUUUUUUCGCCGAGAGUUGAGGUGUUAUGUGAUGGAACUCUGUUUGAUUUGGACUGCGAGGAUGGGAAAGGUGGCGAUUAUGUAUUUUCGCCGAUAUUGGGUUGUGAAGAGAUUGUGGCAGUUGCGCCAUUCCAUUGUUCUCAACUUUCUAAGCUCGACGAAUGUGUUGGGGACGAGGGUGAUGAAGAAAGUGAAGGAGACGAUGGGAAGGGUUUAGUCGGCGUAUCGAGUUUUCCGAAUGGAAGUCGAAAUAUUUUGAACCCUAGCUUAGGUGAAAAAUAUAGUAAUUUGUCGAAAAUUACUUGGGCCAAACGGGAUUAUGGUUCUGUUGUUAAUGGUUCAUUGUCUUACGGGCAUAGGAGUGCGAACGAGCAGCUUCCGGCUAGUGAAAGCUUCGUGAAGUUGGCGGACAUGAACGAGGAUGAGUGGCAGCUGUUUUUGGACAAGUUUCAGGAACUUCUUCUCUCUGCAUUUGCCAAAGGCAAGUCUGUUAUGUCUGGUCAGAAGCAGAGACAGAGGCUCGGAACUUCGUGCCGGUUUUGA